AUGAGUGACGAACGUCCCAACGAUGGACAGUCGACCGAACAACACGCUUUCCAAUUCCUGCUGCAAUACUUGGACAGAAUCGUCAACAGAGUCGUCAACAAAGCCAAAGGCCUCGAGACCAACAUUGACCAAGCCCUGAGAGAUCACUUGGCAACAAAGGAUGGCGGUGGAGCGGUCAUCGAUACCGGCGAGUCGGAGGCCGAGGAAGAAGAAGACGACCAUCCGGGGAAUGUUGCCGGUGGAGGAAUCGUCGACACCAGCGGGGCGAGCGAUGAGGAAGAAAACCAAUCUCCAGGUAGCCUUGCUGGUGGAGAACCGAACGAAACCAGCGAGCAGGCGGCUGAGGAAACAGAUCAUCCUCGAAGCACGACGGGGUACCAGACCACCCUCCACAACCCCUCACCGGCAGCGACAAACCCCAUCUCCAUCAGCACCGCAGACCACGCAGAAGUCUCCCAGAUGCUGCGCACAGGCACCCUGCUCCUCCAAAGCUGGGGCCUCGACAAACCCACACAGCAAGAGAAAGCCCGCAUGUUCAGCAUGGCGUCCGUUUUCGACAGGGUGACGAAGGCGCUGCGGGUGGACAUGCAGGGCCGGGAGAGGGCUUUGGAGGGGAUUCUUUGGGAGGCUGCGCGGGAUGGGGAGUUUCAGGCGUGGAGGGUGGAGGAUAGGAGGGGGCGGGAGGAGCGGGAGAGGGGGUGGGAGAGGGGGCGAGAGAGGGUAAAGGGGGAGGGUGAGGUGGAGGUGGAGGUGGAGAAGGGGAAUGUACAGGUGCAGGAGAAGGGGAAUGAGAAGGUGAAGUUCGGGAAGGUGGUCGAGCAGGAGGGCGAGGAGAAGAGGGAGAAGGAGAGGCAGAGGAAGAAGCUGCAGAAGAAGCGGAAGCAGCAGCAGAAGAAGCAGGAUGGCGAGAAGCAGGAUGGGGAGAAGCAGACAGGGGAGAAGAUGAAGGAGAAGAGCGUGGAGGAUGAAGACGAGUGA